GUAGCACAUUAAAAAAAAACCAACUCCACUGUCAGUCAUCUGUCAAAAACUGUCAAAAUUCGGAAGACAGUAGUGAACACAAAAAGAUGCUCAGCUCCUCACUUCUUGGUGGCCUGCGGGCAGCUCGCUCCUCGGUGGUGAUUACCCGCAACCUGGCGGCAGCGCAGAAGGCCACAGACCCCAUCCAGCAGCUGUUCUUGGACAAAAUCAGGGAAUACAAGCAGAAGAGCUCUGGUGGAAAACUGGUUGACCCCAGCCCAGCUAUUGAGAAAGAACUCAAAACUGAGUUGGAGAAACUGGAGAAGCAAUAUGGUGGUGGUUCUGGUGUAGACAUGACCUCAUUUCCCUCAUUCAAAUUUGAAGAACCCAAGCUGGACCCCAUCGAUGAGGCACAACAAGUGGCGAAGAAGAAGUGAACGUACUGAUAGCAAUCCAUAGCAUAAUGUGCAUCCAAUGUGUUAAUGUCCUCAACAUUUAAAGCUGGUGAAUAAAUUAUCGUAUUAGGUU